AUGUUCCGUGGCGGACCUUUCAUCAAGACUUGGGAAACCUUUUGGACCGACCCUACAUCAGGGCCUCAAGCACCAAUCAAGCUUAUUCGCCUCUUGGAAAAACAUUUGGAUGAUAGCCGACGUCUCAUAGGCCACCCAAAAUCAUCCGACUUCGCUGAGGUGAAUGGCCACCCCGAUUUGCUCGCUUUCUGUAGGUGGGAACAGCGGGUGGCAGACACGACCCUCAUCAUGGAGAAAGUCUACGUUUUCAAUAUCAGCGAUGAGAAAACACUUGAAGCUAUGAUAAAAUGGUAUGAUCAGGGCAGCAAUACUGCGACAUACAUCCGAAAGGAAGUAAUGCAACUUUAUCGAGAACGCCGGUCAGAGAAGUCCCAGGUACCAAAGGAAUGGUCUGAGGAAGUUGCACAGCCGUUAAUCAGUAUCGUCUGUAAUCGACCGGUUGAGGUUCCAGGUUAG